CACGGUACCUCUCUGAAACUUAUCUCUGUUUUUUUUUUCUCUUUCUCUUCAUUCAACCCCUUUUUCUCAAACUCCAUUGUUUGUUAUUUCUUCCAACAUUAGCAAUGGCGGUUUUAUCGCCUUCAACACUGUCGCCACUGCUUCUCAACACCAACUCAGAGUUCGGUUCACCACCAUCGUUUCCACUUCUCACCUUCUCCUCCGCACCCACCACUCGCUCCUCCUCACCCCUCUCUGUCUCUUACAGUAAAUCCGAAAAUGGGUUGGCCAGUGAGCAGAAAAAAAUCUUGCUUGAGCGCUAUGGCUACGAUAUUGAUGCUGAUGAGUACUUUUCUCACUCGUCUUCUAAGUCCAAGAGGAGAAAGGAGCCUCUAAAAAGAAGGGGAGGGAAGCAAGUACAGGAUCCACCGGAGGACCCCAAGCCUCCUCGUACUACCCAUAAAUUGCUUCAGGUUCUUGGAGGAACAGCUCGGAGAGUGAAGCUACUCUCACCAAAGGGCAUGGAUGUACGCCCCAUGAUGGAAGUGGUGAAAGGUGCAGCCUUUGACAUAUUACAGGCAGCUGGUGGCUGUCCUGCAGCGUUGAGACCUGGUCGGUGGUUAGACUUGUAUAGUGGCACAGGUUCUGUUGGAAUUGAAGCGCUUAGCCGAGGUUGUUCUGAGGUGCAUUUUGUUGAGAUGGAUCCUUGGGUUGUAUCAGAUGUUUUGCGUCCAAACUUAGAGGAAACUGGUUUUCUUGAUGCUUCAGUCAUACACACUGUCCGUGUGGAAAAAUUCUUUGAACGUGCAGAGCAAUUUGUAGGUAACAGUGGUCCAUUUGAUUACAUUAGUGUCACCCCUCCCUAUACACAAGUUGACUAUGGGGUGCUGAUGAGGCAAAUAUCAGAAUCACCAUUGCUUGGAGAGAAUACCUUUAUUGUAGUUGAGUAUCCUUUGAAAACUGACAUGCUGGAUUCUUGUGGAAACCUUGUAAAGAUAACUGACAGACGGUUUGGCCGCACGCUCUUGGCGAUUUAUGGACCAACAUGGUCCCAGAAGAAGAAGAGAUGACACAUUCAUAUGCCACAGUUGCAGUAAAGGCUGAAAAACAUGCUGAUGCAAUAUUUUAUCUGUUACAUGGAUCAACAGGAUUAGCUUUUGGCACCUAUCUCACUUCUUCAAAAGCUGUUAUUGUACACAGUCUAAUGUUCCCUGCAACAGACCAUGUUAUGUCAUGUAAUGUGGUGAAUUAUAAGAAAGAACCUUGUAUUCUUUUUCAUUAUGAUAUGUGAUGAUUCUCUUCAGCUUGAAAUUACUUUCUUGGUUGUAGUUUAAGGUUCAUUGGCCAUAGCAGAAGUGGAUUAUGAUUGUAAAACGAAAAAGGAAAACCCCUUUUCCCCCAUAAGCUUUUUGGUAUUUAAAUUUGAACAAAAGUAAGAGAUUGAUCAUGU